AUGUCCUUCUUCAGAAGAUUUGACUCCGCAGAGAAUUUUUUCCCCAUACACAUCCAUUAUGGGACCAAGUGGAAUUGUGGACAUCUCGGGCCUCCGCAAGAGCUUGAUCCCAGUGCCAAGUCAGGAACUCCUGUUGGACUAUUUGCGCCGAUUUGGGAAAUCGAUUCCUUUGACGUGUUUGCAAAAGGUCCUGCUGUUGUUUCCCAAGUCACAACCGAGAUUGAUGUGGCAUCUCUAUUCAGCCUCAGUCGACCUUACUGGGGAGCUAUGCUCGAAAGGCAGACAAUCACUGAGGCAAGGUCAUUGGCACGAAUUAAGAUAUUUAGUGGCAGACCCAGUGAUGGUGCUAGCAAUGAAAUCGUCUCACUCGCAUUGCUAUCUUACCGCAUGCAAUUCUACGUGAUUUCUCACAGUCUAGCCGAAGAUCUUACAUCUGGGUACCUAUGA